CUCCACCACUACUACCUCUACACUACUCCACCACCACUACGAUAUUCCACCAUCAUUACCACUGCCACCACCAUGCUAUUCCACCACCACCACCAUGCUAUCUACCACCACUACUACGAUACUCCACCACCAUCGCCACCACAUGAUACCCCACCACCACUGCCACCACUACGUUACACCACCACCACAACCACCACAUUGUACAGCAACAUGUAGCUCACUGUUUCAGCAACUACAAUAUUGGAGUUGAAGUAAGAAGUUGAAGACAAAGAAAAGGAAAGAAAGAGAAAGAGGGAGUUAGGGAGAGGUAGAAAGAGAAAGAGAGAGUGAAGAGGAAAUUGGUGUGUAAUUUAAGGUUAGACCUGGAAGAGUAAAAGAGGAAGAAAGAAAGAAACAGAGAGAGACAGAGAUGGUGGUUGUGGUGGUGGGUUCUGUGGAAGAAAGGACUAAAUGAGUGAGAAGAGAAAGAGAGGCAGAAGUAUUAAGUAUUCUUUAUAUAUAUAUAUAUAUAUAUAUAUAUAUAUAUAUAUCUGCAUAACACAUACACACGUAUAUAUAGAUGUAUGUGUGUGUGUGUGGAGAGAGAGAGAUGUAGGUGAGAAGAAGGUGUUGUUUGUGUUGAGAAAUGAAGAGAGAAAUCGUGAGUUAUUUAGUCAAUGUAUGAAGUGUGACUGACAAACAUUGCACGCAGCCCAGACUCACCUGAAUAUCCAGGCUUCUGUCUCUCCCUCUCUCUAUACAUGUGCACGCGCACACACACACACAUACACACGCAUACACACACUGAGUACUUCACUUUCUUCAUUAUCAUCUGGUCCAGUCUGUUUGUCUGUUCGUCUCUCUGUGUCAACAGUUGGAAUUAUCAAUCUAUGGACGAUCAUUGUCACUGCAUUAUUUCACAAGACUAAACAGCAACAGUUGUAGAUGGGAGUAAGAAAAAGAAGGAAAAAAAAGAAGAGGCAAGUUGGGGGCCUUCAUGCCCCUCCCUAAGGAUGCUAACAUUGCGAAGGAGUAAAACUGAUGUGGAGUACAGUGAAAUGAAUGAGUACGGAUCGGGUGAAUAAGGAGUUAAAAGAAUGUGGUGUGGUGUUGUGGUGUUUAUGCAUUUCCACAUGGAUGUUUAAUGGAUGUGAAAUAGCCACAAUGAAGGAGAUUAAAAACAUAAAAACAAAACAAUUACAAAAUAUAAAAACAAAACACUCGCUGUUAAGUGGUGUGGCAGAGUUUAGAAUUCACCAGAAUCUUACCACUUUACAGUAUUGAGAGAACGACAUUCUUUAUUUUCUCUCUCUCUCACAUAUAUACACAAAAAUACAUACAUAUAUAUAUAUAUAUAUGUAUAGUCACAUUCACUCAGAGUGACGCAUACAAAAAAAAAACACGUGUUGACACACACACACUCACACACACACACACACACACACACACACACACACACUCUCUCUCAGGCAAGUCAUGCCUGCUGAAUGAUUAAUUUUGGAAAGAGAGAAGAAUUAUUUUCUUAUAUUCCAGCACAAAGAGAAGAUCUAAGUUAAAUGUGUAUAGAAAAGACAAUAAUAACAAUUAAACACAACAGCAAUAACAACAACAAUAAUAAUAAUAAUAAUAAUAAUAAUAAUAAUAAUAAUAAUAAUAAUAAUAAUAAUAUUAAACCACCCCAAAAAAAAUUGAAGAAAGAGAGAAAGAAGCAGAAUUGAACUGGAGUAAAAUUCCAACAGAAAGAAAAGUAUUUCAUGUGGAAACUUUACUACAAGAAUUUAUAGAUAUAUACACACAUAUGCAUACACAUGUGUAUAUUUAUUAAUGUGUAUACAGUUAUAACACAAACUGACAUAACAAGAAGCUACAGAUGAAAAUGGGACGUACAUAUGAUUGCACAUACAGUUAUUACAUCUCCACAUACAGAUAUAUAUAACAAUGAACAAGCAUACACUUUUACAUAAAGACGCAUGCAUACACAAACUAAAUUACACACACCAUGUGUAUAGAUAUUGUAUAUAUAUAUAUAUAUAAACACCAAUGCAUUCACACACAUACAGACUGUUGUAUGCUUACGCUGAUAUAACUUACACAAUUUCAGUGUCAGGGAUUAAUUUGUGGGGAAAAACCAAUUAGAGAAAUAAUUAGAGAAGGAAGAAAAAAUUAAAGGCAGCGGCAAGAACAACAACAACAGGAAUACAGACCUUUAAAACUACGAUAAUGAUAAAUUUUAGGAAGCAAGGAGCUUUUAAAAUAGCAACAUUUCACCCUACCAUCACCAUCGUGAGAGGGGGUGACUUUCACAACAACAACAACAACAACAACAACAACAAUAGCAACAAUAUUGAUUACAACUUUUACUCAGGGACUCUUUAAAACAACAACACUGACCAUCCUUCCCAUUCUGCUGGCAUUAAUUAGUUUAAUUACAGAAGAAACCAACAUUGUACUGGACUACCCCAAACAACAACAACAACGACAACAACAACGACAGGACACAAUGUUUCUAUUCAGACAAAGUCCAGAAUCAAUUGUUGAGAUGUUGUUAGAAAAACUGGAGGUUUUCUGUGAAGUGAACCCCGCCAUCAGCUCCCUUCGCCUUAAGGCCUUUUCCUUUAAUAAGAAACUAAAGGAUUGUUGUCAUUUGGUUACAGUGACCCCGAGAAAGAAAGGUGGGGUAGCCCCUGAGAACAACAACAGCACCAGUAGCAGUACCAGCAGCAGCAGCAGCAGCAACAACAACAACAACAACAACAGUGUGAUUAACAGUGUUGGUAGCAGUAGUAGUGGUAACAGCAUCAGCAGCAGCAGCAACAUGACUGUGGUGAAACGUGGCAAAGGAGAGAAGAAAUCACCUCAUGACAUCACAGCCCUGUUUGAAGCUGUGGAGCAUCAAGAAUUUGAUCAAGUGAAACAUAUCUUGAAAACUAACAGCUUUGACUUAAACCGAUUAAAUAGUGAACACCUGACUGCCCUGGAUAUAGCUGUAAUGACCAACAAUAUUCCCAUGGCAAAGUUGUUACUUAGCUAUGGUGCCAAGGAGAACCCUUUAUGUGGUAGUGAGACUGAGAAACAGUUAACUCACUGGGAAUUCCGUCAUAAAUUAUUGAAACGAAUGAAAAGUGGUUAUGACUUGGCUCGACCCCCAGAUGCACCAACCAAUGCAUCAGUAAGUGUUGCCAGCAGUUCCUCUCUUCUGGUUAACUUUUCAGAACCACUCAACCAUAAUGGAGCAGUCGUUACCAGCUACAAAGUUGAAUGGAGUAAAUCCAGUGAUUUUGUCAUCCUUGAAGGUGAGGCCAUUGUCCGAAGUCUCGAUAAUCUACAAUAUGAGAUUAUUGGUUUAGACAAAAACAGUUAUUAUUAUGUACAAGUUUCAGCAUUUAACAUGAAAGGAUAUGGACCUGCUACUUUAGCCACACCUUCCUCCGUCCAGCCAUCCAGUUGGCAUGAUGUUGACAACAUACUCCCUCGCUCUCAAUGGAAAGUAAACACUCUUGAAGACCUAUUCUCUCAAGUUAGGCAGUCAAGACCCACAGAUGCACCUGCUAUCAAAGAGCCAUCAGGAGACUCCCCAGUCCAGAGGAAAAGAAAAAGUUUAAAGAAUCUUUUCUCGUUAUCACCAAAGUUUCAGAAAUCCCUUCAAAGAGGGAUCUACCUAUCCUGCCUCUUGUAUCACAAAGACAAAAUUCUUGUCACUCCAGAAGAUCAGUUACCGGUGGUGGAAGUUGAUGAGAAUUAUUCAAGUACCUCAAUACACACAGAUUUCUAUUGGCUUAUGAAGAUUGCCUGCACCUGGACAGAUGUGAAAUCACUGCGACAUGACAUGUACAAAAGUACAAGUGCUGGUUCCACACACUUCCGAGGUAAACUUCUCCAAGCAGCAGCUCUACUACAGAGCGCUUUAGGCAUCAGUGAUCUUGGACAGUUCUACCACCAACCAUUAAAAGACAACAAUGGCAGUACCGUAUUAGUAUGCAUCAAGGAAAUCAAAGACCCCAAAUUCCUGGCUCUUGGCUCUGGUAAAUGGGUGUCUUUGGCCAAACUUCACCGAAGAAUGACUGUCAUAGACCAAGACAGCAGUGAAGCACAUGAACUACUCUUGAACUCUGCUGCGGUAAGUAGAAUGAGUUUUUCUACCCACUUCUUUUAUGAACUUCUUUUUCUAAAUAUUUUUAAAACAUUACUUUUUACAUUUUAAAUCGAAACCAGCAAA